CUGUAGUCUAUCACGCCGAAUAUGUCGAAUGCAUCGGAUUCGGAACGUUAACCUGCCUUGUCCGUUUCUACGUUGAUUGAAGGAAGAAAUAUUUAUUUAUAAAACAACUUGAACGAAUAACUUGUUGCUCUUUGCUUGUGUAACUGAACGUUCUGCAAGAUUAUUUUUUGUGCCGGUGUAAACAUAACUAUAUAGCGCUUAGUGUUAUGUGAAUCGUGCCAAGUUUCAACCGGUUUCCUGAAUUUUUGUAUGAGAAUAUAGCCAUAGAACAUAAUACAACAAAAUCUUCGCACGCGAUGACUACAUUAAGCGGUUUCAUCGAAUUCUUCCAGAAGGGGAAGACGUUUAGGCCGAAGAAGAGAUUUGCUCAUGGAACGCUGCGUUAUUCUUUACACAAACAAGCACAAGCUUCUCUCAAUUCCGGUAUUAACUUAAGAGCGGUCGUAAAAUUACCUCCUGGGGAAGAUUUGAAUGAUUGGAUCGCCGUUCACGUCGUGGACUUUUUUAAUAGAAUAAACCUUAUAUAUGGUACUGUGUCGGAAUACUGCGAUUCGGCUUCCUGUCCAGCAAUGAGCGGCGGGGCACGUUUUGAGUAUCUCUGGGCGGAUGGUGAAAAAUAUAAAAAACCAACAGCAUUACCAGCGCCACAGUAUGUUGCUCUUCUUAUGGAUUGGACGGAGGCUCAAAUUAAUAAUGAAACAGUCUUCCCCGUAUCGACAGAUGUACCAUUUCCGAAAACGUUUAUACCCUUAUGUAGAAAGAUUUUGACGCGUCUCUUCAGAGUUUUCGUUCACGUAUACAUCCAUCAUUUCGAUCGUAUUGUAGCGAUCGGAGCAGAAGCACAUGUAAACACAUGCUACAAGCAUUUUUACUACUUUGUAACAGAGUUCGAUUUAAUAAAUCCGAAGGAGUUGGAACCAUUAGCUGAAAUGACUGCCAAAGUUUGUAAAGAUAGCGCUUCGCCAACUCAAACUACAGUACCGUCGAACAAUCAAGGCAGAUAGUUAUCUUACGUUUGCAAUUAAGAAAAUUAAUAAUUACUAUUUUUGUUGUUUACAGAAAAAUCACGGAAUCUCCAAGAAUAUUAGAUUUAUUUCGAAUAAAGUAGAAUAUUUAUGACAUUCAUGAAUUAUACCUACAUCAUGUAAAGGUAAAUUGCUCUAUCUUCAUAUUUUAGAGAGACAAUCUGUUUUAUAUUAUAAUUUUUAAAGAACUAAUUUUUGUAUAAAUGAUUUUUUACAUUUGUUGUAUAUUGGAAUGAAAGUUAACUCGAAAUUUAUUUAUUAAUAUAUCGAUAUAAACAUUGGAUACAUUUUAUAUGCUUUUAUACUGUUUUUACCUUUUUUAAAAAUAUAUACUAAAAGCAAUAAUAUAAGGGGGAUUGUAAUAUCUUGUAAAUGAUAUUGUCAUUUAAAUAUUUUCAAUUUAAAAAAAGUCAAUAAAAGACAUGUUUUAUCUCUUUAAAAAA